AUGUGCAACAGCAGCUCCGUCAGGCACUUCCUCCUGCUGGCAUUGGCAGACACGUGGCAGCUGCAGCUCCUGCACUUCUGUCUCUUGCUGGGCAUCUCCCUGGCUGCCCUCCUGGGCAACGGCCUCAUCAUCAGCGCCGUAGCCUGCGGCCACCACCUGCACACGCCCAUGUUCUUCUUCCUGCUCAACCUGGCCCUCACUGACCUGGGCUCCAUCUGCACCACUGUCCCCAAAGCCAUGCACAAUUCCCUCUGGGACACCAGGGACAUCUCCUACACUGGAUGUGCUGCACAGCUGUUUCUGUUUUUGUUUUUCUUCUCAGCAGAGGUUUCCCUCCUGACCAUCAUGUGCUACGACCGCUACGUGUCCAUCUGCAAACCCCUGCACUACGGGACCCUCCUGGGCAGCAGAGCUUGUGCCCACAUGGCAGCAGCUGCCUGGGCCAGUGCCUUCCUCAAUGCUCUGGUGCACACAGCCAAUACAUUUUCCCUGCCCCUGUGCCGUGGCAAUUCCCUGGGCCAGUUCUGUGAAAUCCCAGAGAUUCUCACACUCUCCUGCUGCAAAUCCUACCUCAGGGAACUUGGGCUCCUUGUGCUAAGUGCUCUUCUAUUCUUUGCUUGUUUUGUUUUCAUUGUUUUCUCCUAUGUGCAGAUCUUCAGGGCCGUGCUGAGGAUCCCCUCUGAGCAGGGACGGCACAAAGCCUUUUCCACCUGCCUCCCUCACCUGGCUGUGGUCUCCCUGUUUCUCAGCACUGGGUUUUUUGCCUACCUGAAGCCCCCCUCCAUCUCCUCCCCAUCUCUGGAUCUGGCCCUGUCAGUUCUGUACUCAGUGGUGCCUCCGGCCCUGAACCCACUCAUCUACAGCCUGAGGAACCAGGAGCUCAAGGAGGCCCUGAGAAAAUUGAUUGUACUGUAUUUUCAGAAGCAUUUCAGAACCAUUUUCUGA